UUAGCUGUCAAUGAUGAAGCCGACGAUAGUAAUGCUAUUAUUGAGAUACGAGCUGCUACUGGUGGCCUUGAAGCAGCACUUUUUGCUGCUGAUUUAUUCCAGAUGUAUAAAAGAUAUGCAUCCCAUCGAAAUUGGAAAUUUGAAGCAUUGAGUUUUCACGAAAACGAAGUUGGAGGUUUUAAGGAAGCGAUUGCUAGCAUUGUUGGAGCUGGAGUAUUUGGUGAAAUGAAAUUAGAAUCUGGAGUUCACCGUGUGCAGAGAGUUCCGAUUACUGAAAGCGAUGGUAGAGUGCAUACAAGCACCGCUACCGUUGCUAUUUUACCCCAACCGGAAGAGAUUGAUAUUGUUAUAAAUAAGAAUGACAUAAAAUUUGAUACUUUCCGUGCGCAAGGAGCCGGGGGCCAACAUGUUAAUACGACAGAUAGUGCGGUGCGACUUACACAUAUUCCAACUGGAAUGAUUGUGGCCGUUCAAGAAGAAAAAUCUCAACAUCGAAAUAAAGCGAAAGCAAUACAAAUUCUACAAGCAAAGCUAUUUGAUGAACAACGGCAACAAAAUCAGACAGAUCGUGUUCAUGCUCGUAGACAACAGAUAGGCACAGGUGCAAGAUCUGAGCGUAUUCGAACUUACAACUACCAGCAAGACCGUAUUACCGAUCAUCGCAUAAACAUGUCACUUUAUGGUAUAGACGAUUUUUUAAGCGGAAAUGAAUCCCUGAAUCACCUCAUGUCUUCACUGCUGGAAGAGAAUCGCAUGAAGGCAAUACGCAACUUUUUAGAUGAUAGUAAACGUCGGGGAAGCGAUUCCGUGAAAUAA